AUGAGACGCUGGACGCUGAGGCUGAGAGCACAAAUUGUGUGUUUUAUCGUCGGCACCUGCAUUGUGUUCCAGUGUGGACUAAUACACGGAGAAAUCUGCCAGAGUAAGGACAUCCGGAACAAUGUGACCAACCUCCAGUCGGUGGAGAACUGCACCAUCAUCGAGGGCCACCUGAAGAUUCUGCUCAUGUUUAAGACCAAGACUGAGGACUUCCGGGGCCUCAGCUACCCGAGGCUGCAAGUGGUGACCGACUACGUGCUGCUGUUCAGGGUCUACGGCCUGGAGGCCCUCACCGACCUCUUCCCCAACCUGGCGGUGAUCCGCGGAAACAACCUCUUCUUCAACUACGCUCUUGUGAUUUACGAGAUGCUGCAGCUGAAGGAGGUGGGCCUCCACAGCCUCAUGAAUAUCACCCGGGGCGCUGUGAGGAUUGAGAAGAACCCAGACCUGUGCUACCUGGCCACCCUGGACUGGUCCAAGGUCCUGGACUCAGUGGAGGACAACUUCAUCGUGGAUAAUAAGAAUGACAGAGAGUGUGGAGAUGUGUGUCCCGGCACGGCUCAAGGUCAGACCACCUGCCCACAGAACACCAUCAACGGACACUUCAGGAGCCGGUGCUGGUCGCAGAACCACUGCCAGAGAAUGUGCCUGGACAACUGUAGGCAUAGUGCGUGUAACCACAAGGGCCAGUGCUGCCAUGACCAGUGCCUCGGCGGCUGUUCUGAGCCAGGUAAUGCAAGUAGCUGUGUGGCCUGCAGGAACCUCCAGCACGGGAAUAACUGCAUGGAAAAGUGUCCUCCUGGAUACUACGUCUUCAGGGGCUGGCGCUGUGUCAGCUUUUCCUUCUGCCAGGAGCUCCACAACCAGUGUAAGGAUUCUAAGAAGUUGAACCAGGACCGAGAGUUGGGCUGCCACGAAUAUGUCAUCCACAAUGGAGCCUGUAUUCCAGAGUGUCCGUCAGGAUACACCACUAUCAACUCCACUACGUUGACCUGUUCGCCAUGUGCAGGUCUCUGUCCUAAACUGUGUGCGGGAAACAAGACGAUUGACUCUGUAACUUCGGCCCAGGCUUUGAGAGGAUGCACCGUUCUCCACGGCAACAUGAUCAUCAAGAUCCGAGGAGGGAAUAAUAUUGCAGCUGAAUUGGAGGCUAGUUUGGGCCAGCUCGAGGAAAUCACAGGACACCUGACUGUUCGCAGAGCCUACGCCCUGGUCUCCCUGUCCUUCCUCCGCAAACUGCGUGUUAUCAGGGGCGAGCAUCUUGAGGGAGAUGUCUUCGCCUUCUACGCGCUGGACAACCAGAACCUGCAUGAGCUGUGGGAUUGGUCCAAGCACAACCUGACCAUCCAUCAUGGUCGUAUGUUCUUCCACUACAACUCCAAGCUUUGCAUGUCUGAGAUCAGAAAGAUGGAGAAUGUGACGGGAACCAAGGAGCGCAACCAAAAGAACGACAUCGCUGUACGCACCAACGGGGACCAAGCCUCCUGUGUGACCAAGCUGCUGAAAUUCACCUUGAUCAAGACCUCAUCAAAUAUGAUUAUGCUGAAGUGGGAGCCCUUUUGGCCUUCAGACUUCAGAGACUUGCUGGGAUUUAUGGUUCUCUACAAAGAGACGCUGUACAGGAACGUGACGGAGUUUGAUGGACAGGACGCAUGCGGCUCCAACAGCUGGGCGAUUGCCGACGUUGAUCCUCCGCAACGUUCCACGGAGGGCAAGAAGGCGGAUGAUCCAGGGUACCUUAUCCGACCAUUGAAGCCCUGGACCUUGUACGCCAUCAUGGUCAAAACCCAACUAUCUACGUCUGACGAGCAGCAGGUCAACGGAGCCAAGAGCAAGAUCAUCUACGUCCGCACCGAUGCAUCCAAACCCUCGGUGCCUCUGGACCCCAUUUCCUCCUCCAACUCGUCCUCUCAGAUCAUCCUGAAGUGGAAGCCCCCCACCAAUCCCAACGGCAACAUCACCCACUACCGCGUCAUCUGUCGUAAGCAGUCUGAGGACAGUGACCUCUACAAGUUUGACUACUGCCUCCAAGGGAUGAAGCUGCCGUCUCGUACCCCGACCCCCCCGGACAGUGAGGAUGAACAGAAGUGGAACCACACAGACGAGCCCACCUCAGGGGGCCGGUGCUGCGCCUGCCCCAAGACUGACUACCAGCUUAAGAAGGAGCAGGAGGAGAUAGAGUAUCGCAAGACCUUCGAGAAUUACCUCCACAAUGAAGUGUUCGAGAGCAGGCCAUCUCGACGCCGGCGCUCAGUUGGAGUUGCCAACGCCACCCUGCCCUCAUUCUUCCUCCCUGCAGCCCCCGGCCUGGCUUUCGGAUCCACGACGGUCCCCCCUGAAGACGAGGAAGGAUCCAAGGUGGAACUAAAGGUGUCCUCAAAAGAGUCAACAGUCAUCUCCAACCUGCACCACUUUACCAGUUAUAAGAUAGAGAUCAUAGCCUGCAACAAAGUAAAAGACGUCGAACAAUGCAGCUUGGCUUCUUUGGUCAGUGCUCGGACUAUGCCAGAGGAGAAGGCAGACGACAUCCCGGGCACUGUGACCCAUGAGAUCGUGGCGGCCGAGCCUCCCUACGUGCUCAUCAAAUGGGACUCCCCUCGCUCCCCUAACGGCCUCAUCAUCCUGUAUGAGGUGUACUACAGGAAGGUCGAAGACACAGAGGAUCUCACAGCUUGUGUGUCACGGCCGGCCUACCUCAAGUCAGGUGGCACAAAGCUUUCGCUUAUGCAUCCUGGGAACUACAGUGUGAGGGUCCGCGCCACCUCCUUGGCGGGAAAUGGCUCUUUUACAGAAACCACUUACUUCUACAUGCCCAAUUCGGAUCCAGGUUUAAUUUGGAUUGUGAUGGGUCCAGUCAUCUGCUUCAUCCUGCUGCUGUUCAUAGGAGGUGGAGUCUUUGUCAUCCUCAAAAAGAGGCAAACCGAAGGCCCGACCGGACCUCUUAUCGCCUCCUCGAACCCAGAGUACAUCAGCACCAAUGAUGUGUACAUCCCUGAUGAGUGGGAAGUUCCCCGGGACAAGAUCACGGUGCUCAGAGAGCUCGGUCAAGGCUCCUUCGGCAUGGUGUACGAGGGAAUCGCCAAGGACAUCAUCAAAGGAGACCCGGACACACAAGUCGCCGUCAAGACGGUGAACGAGUCGGCCAGCCUGCGCGAGAGGAUCGAGUUCCUGAACGAAGCCUCCGUCAUGAAGGCUUUCAACUGUCACCACGUGGUGCGUUUGUUAGGCGUGGUGUCCAAAGGUCAGCCGACCCUGGUGGUGAUGGAGCUGAUGACCCACGGUGACCUAAAGAGCUACCUGCGUGGUCUCAGGCCGGACUCUGAGAACAACCCCACAGGCCGUUCACCACCUACGCUGAAGGAGAUGAUCCAAAUGGCAGCAGAAAUUUCGGAUGGCAUGGCCUACCUCAACGCCAAGAAGUUUGUCCACAGGGACCUGGCAGCCCGAAACUGCAUGGUGGCAGAAGACUUUACCGUCAAGAUUGGAGACUUUGGUAUGACCCGAGACAUCUAUGAGACUGACUACUACCGUAAAGGAGGUAAGGGCCUGCUUCCUGUCCGGUGGAUGGCGCCAGAGUCUCUGAAGGACGGCGUCUUCACAGCCCACUCGGACUGCUGGUCAUUUGGCGUCGUGCUGUGGGAGAUCACUACGCUAGCAGAGCAGCCUUACCAGGGUUUAUCCAACGAACAGGUUCUCAAGUUCGUCAUGGAUGGAGGAUACCUGGACCGGCCGGAUAACUGCCCGGAGAGGAUGCACAGCCUAAUGCAGAUGUGUUGGCAGUACAACCCCAAGAUGCGGCCGUUGUUCCAAGAGAUCAUCGAGAUGUUGCGCGAGGACCUGCACCCGUCUUUCCACGAUUUCUCCUUCUUCUACAGCGAGGAGAACAAAGUCCCAGAGACAGAGGAGUAUGACCUGGACUUGGACAACAUGGAGAGCAUCCCACUGGACCCGUCUUCGUACUCCCAGAGAGAGGAGAGCUUAGGCAGGGACAGCGGGCCCUCGGCGGCCCGCAGGGGGAACUAUGAGGAGCACGUCCCCUACACACACAUGAACGGUGGCAAGAAAAACGGACGAAUCUUAUCGUUGCCCAGGUCCAGCCCUUCCUAACCUUUCCUGUUUCCUAAGAGACCUUGUUUAACCCCACGCCCCCCUUUCCCAUCCCAGUCUUUCUCUUCCAGUCGAUUGUUUUCUGUAUCUUUCAUGUUCCUCUCAUCGGUUUCUGAUUUUCGUAUUCUUGGAGAAACCCUUCAAAAAAAGACACCCAGAUCUCAGGACUUUUUAUUUUCUUCCUCGCGGCUGCCGCACACAGGCAGGCGAGGAAUGCAAACACGGUGUAACUCUUUUUUUAACUUCCUCAACUACACAUCGGACUUUCUAUUACCGUAUUAUCUAUUGUUUUUCACUAUUGGCACGUUUCCGGGAGUCCUUUGUGAUGGAAACAGAGAAAAAACCAAACUGUGAACACAAAAAACCUUAGACAACCAAGAAGGCUGCUUAUGCUCAACACACACCCCCCCUCCCAGACUUGCCCCCCCCCCCAUCUGCAUUUACACAUUUCUGUGCUUUGUUUUAAGUGAAAUCCUUUUACUGAAAUAGUGGCCUUUUUGUAUGUGGCCUAUAAACAAAGAGAAGUGUCCAUCAGUGCUUAUACUAAUUUCCCCUUGAACAACGGCUUAAUCAGUUUGGAACAGUGGGAAGACUUUAUUUGUAGAACAAAUAUCUAUUCCUGGAGGAAUGUUUUCUUAAAUUUUUUUUCUUUGUUUGUUCGGUUCUGCAGAAUUCCUACAUUCAUCGGGUGUUUGGUGAACAGUUUUAAUUUAUUUGCUUCAAUGUUAUUUUCCUCUUCCCUUUCUCAGUUUUAUUUCUGUGUCCUCACGAUAAGGCUGAAGGAUAUUUAAACAAAUAAGAAUUUGACAAAAGAGUUCCUCGGACUGACCAAUAGCUGCUGCUUUGAUAUAUUUUAGUGGGUAUAUAAAUAUAUAAAAAUGAUAUAUGCUAUAUAUGUAAUAUUGGUAGUUAUGUACCGGUAUUUCAUAUAUAAUAUAUGCUAUAUUGAUGUUUUUGUAAAUAGUCCAUAUUUGUAAUAUUUUCAUCAGAAGCUUUGCUAGUAUUUUAUUUUGCCAGGUUUUUUCUUUCUGGGUUUUUUAAAUUUUCUUAUUUUUAUAGCCCAAGAAAUCACACUAAACUACCACCAGUGCUCUCUGUGUCUUAGGCCUCCAGUCCCUCUUGAGUGCUCUCUGUUCGCGUCAGUGGAAAGCGAGACGGCCCACCAAGUAUUGUGAACCCACUGCAUCCUUUUGGUUUUUAAAACCUCGUUCCCUCUGAGAACCGAGGAGAAAACUGUACUGCAGCAAUGAAAAAACAAAAUAACCAAAAAAAAAGAAGCUUUAUAAAAGGGGCAUGAGGUCUUUCUGGGUGGAAGUGCACCUGCUGUUUUUCAUCUGCUGUGUCUCUCUGGUCGGGUCCCGCUGGAGCCGAGGGGCUUCGUGUGUUUUCUUGUCGCAGGUUCAUAAUGUCUUCUUCACGCGAUUCUUCUCCGGUUGUCGUCGUUAACGGUCACUGAGGUCAGAGCUCGUCCUUUCCUCCAUGUGACUGUGCCUCCUUGUGUCGGCGUAACACUGACUGCUUGUUUCGCGAGGGCGGGGAGGAGGGGUCGCCACGGUGAAUACAGGUGGAUGAAACCAUGAACGGAAGCAGUAGCCCCUCCCCCUUUACACCUCACCUGAGAUCUGCUUCAGUUCAGGACCUCGGUGUUUGAAUGGAAGGUUCUAUUAAAUUCAUGUUCCCCUCUCGUUGUUGUUCGGUUUUGCUCUGCAACACACACACACACACACACACCUCCUGCAUGCUCUCCCCCCUCAGUCUUCCCGAGGCUUCCCAUUGGCUGCAGAACUCACUGCUCAAAACCAGGCUAUUGGAAAUUUCCACGUUUUGUGGUUGAGGGGCUGUAGAGAUAAACGGAAAGUUCCCACUGUGUCCACAGCAGCCAGUGAGGAGAGGGGCCGUGUCUCUAUCUCUCUGAGAGGGGACGGGUGGGGGGGGGGGCAUUGUUAAUCCUGUUAUCCUCUGUGCUAUCACAUGCCGCUGGGCCGUCAGGACACGGUGUGCAGCAGCUGUUUCACUCAGGUCUGACAUUCCAGGGUUCAGUUGGAACUGCUCGUUCCCCCGUUUUUUUGCCCGUCGGUUGAUAGAGCUGAUCCCAUCGCCGCACCCCGUCGGAUUCAGAGCACACACGAGCAAGACUUUGUCUUACCUUCUUAAUAAUCCAAUAUCUGAAGUUUCCCCCCCCCUCCUGUCCGGAAUCAAACACAUUCCUUUCCACCGCACCGCGACUCAGAGCUGCAUGAAAGUAUGCUGCUGAUCCGCCAUCGAGGUAAUUAAUCCACUACGACCUUCAUCCGGAGCCCACGGGCCUUUUUAGAGUUUCACAGCAGAUCCCCCAUAACAACUCCUUUCUCACCCUCUCUGUAUCCACAGCAGUCAACAGACUUUGACUUUUUUUUGUGUGUGGUGUGGUUGCCAAACGGCAUUCAGCACUUAUAGUACAGCCAAAGUGUUGGCAGCUUUCUGUGAACAAUGACAACCCACAGAAUCAGAGCGAGAGAAAGCAGGGAAGCUGCCUCCAUGUUUUACCAGUGCCUUCUCAAACCCACACUCAGCUACACACACACACACACACACACACACACUGUGCUCUUUCUGUAUUUCUUCUCCUGAGGCAGGAGAGGCAGAGACACCAACGCUGCAUUCGUGUUUCGUAGCGUUGUGCAACUUUGUUCUUUGCUGGAAGGGAAGUAGAAGUGUUUGGGGCAGUUUUAUUUUUUUUUUAAAUGCUGUACUAUUGGUUUUAGCGCGUCGCCGGCGUGCGGUCUGAACACCCACGUUCACUUAGUGCUUUAGCGUUGACACUGUGGAUCGGCCCGAGUCCGGGCCGGUGUGCACUCGCAGGGGCCCCGAGGUCAUGAAGUAGAUUUUAGCUAAUUAUUCUGAGGAGUUCCAAUCUUGGGCUUUUUGUACUUUGUAAAUAAUUUGACAUAGUUUGGAAACAAAAGCAGAAAAACAUAUAUAUUAAAAAAAAGAAAGAAAGGAAAAAAAAGAAAGAUCUGACGCCGCGUCAGUUUUGCGUACAUGACAGAAAAAGGGGUGGAGCUCAGCUGUGUUUCAGUUCCACACUACAUACUAAUACUAAAGGAUAACUUUAAUGAGCAGUUAGUACAUCCUUGUCUACACUACGUACAGUAAAUCCACUUAGAAUUAGUAUGUUAUAUAGAAAUGGGACAUUGCUCCUGUCUCCACCUUUUAUCUAGGUUGCUUAUCUUGUGGUGGUGUUCACAUGCAUAUGCAAUUUUUAAUUAAGAUUGUGCCCAUAUCUUUGAAAUACCAGAUAUUUAUUUUAUUAUGAUCAUUGUCAUUGAAUAAAAAAGAACACGGUUA